AUGCUCUCUAAAUCGGCAUCGAAACAGCCAGGCAGUAACGCUGCUGGAACCUCACACGAUCAAUCUCAAGCUAUAUCAAGCGAACCUUCAACACCAAAGUCACCACAGAAUGAAUCGCCAAGGAAAAAUGAGGGCAGGGCUGCGCUAGCCAAGGCCUUGGAAAAGGACUUCAAACGGAAGCAUCUGAGUGUCGUGGGAGUUCUUCUAUGGAUUUUUUUCGUGCACGUCGUUGGCAUAUACUACUUCGCAAAAGGCUUCCUCCUGACUCGUCUUGUUCUCGACAACAAAUCAAGCUGCGAUGUGGUUCCCCUGGACGUUGUCACCAGUAGCGGAAAUUCUCAAGAGGGUUGCUGGCAUCCCAAAACUUUCGACAAGGCCGUUUUUCUGAUUAUUGACGCUUUGAGAUAUGACUUUACCGUUCCAUUUCAUCCACAGUUCGAGGGUGAUGAGGCCCGUAUUUACCAUAAUAACAUUCCUGUUCUUUAUGAGACUGCUGUUCAACAUCCGGAGAGAGCUUUCCUGUUGCCAUUUAUUGCCGAUCCGCCUACGACGACUUUGCAACGAUUAAAAGGAUUGACUACGGGCACGUUACCGACGUUUAUUGACGCUGGCUCGAAUUUCGAUGGUUCGGCGAUUGACGAAGAUAAUAUCAUUUUCCAGUUGCGUGCUGCUGGCAAGAACCUCGUUCAUUUAGGAGAUGAUACCUGGGAUAAACUAUUUCCGGAUUACUUUGACCCCGAACUAUCGCACCCGUUUGAUUCGUUCAACGUCUGGGAUUUACAUACAGUGGACAAUGGUGUGAAUGACAACCUGUUCCCUCUUCUCCACCCCAAGAAUUCGACCAAGUGGGAUGUUAUCUUUGGACACUAUCUUGGUGUUGAUCAUGCGGGCCAUCGCUAUGGUCCAGACCAUGCUGCAAUGGCAGCAAAACUGAAGCAGAUGGAUCAAGUGCUUCGCAAUGUUAUCGAGAAAAUAGAUGACGAUACAUUGCUCAUCGUCAUAGGUGAUCAUGGCAUGGACUCAAAAGGCGAUCACGGAGGCGAAUCGGACGACGAAGUCGAGGCUGCAUUAUGGAUGUACUCAAGAAAAGGCAUCUUCGGCCGCACCAACUCGGAUUAUAAAAUCCCACCAUCAACGGCAAAAGAACGAGCUAUACCGCAAAUAGAUAUUGUGCCCACGUUGUCUUUGCUCUUAGGCAUACCGAUUCCAUUCAAUAAUCUAGGCUCUCCCAUAGAGGAAGCGUUUGCAGGACGUUAUGGCGCUGAUAUCAAAAAUCUAGCCACUGUCAACCGUAUAACAUCGGGUCAGAUCAAACGAUAUCAACAUCACUAUUCCGUGGCACGAGGUGUGAACGAUAGCCAAACCUCGGGUCCUCUGUCGCUGUUGGCCCAGGCAGAAUCGCAAUGGCAAUCAUUGAGCAAGCUGAGCUCUAAUUCUGACAAAUACCGAGCAGCGUAUGAUGCUUAUCGGGAGUAUCAGCGCGAUACUCUGAAUGUAUGCCGUGCUCUAUGGGCUCGAUUUGACGUUGCAAGUAUGAUUCGAGGCAUUGGGAUACUCGUAGCCGGUAUUGUGGUUUUGAUAAUGUAUGCUCGGGGUCUGCGUGAAGAUCGCAGAAUCACUUUUGAUUCACAGCUGAUCUGUCGUAUUGGUUUCGGUAUGGUCUGUGGUGCCGCGGGUGGUCUUGUGAUGGGUCUCACUGGAAGUCGAGAAGAUGCAUUAUGGGCAGAUGUCAUAGUACUGGCCGCUGCAGGAGGGAGCAUUGGUGCUGUGGCAGCUAGCAUUGUGAUCUUCCCAUCAAACUUCAAAUCACCACUACCCAAAUCCCUCUGGAGCUGGUUUGCGGUCAUCGUAACCGUAUCACAGUCCAUUGGAUUUGCGUCAAAUUCGUACACAAUCUGGGAAGACGAUAUUCUACUUUUCUUCCUGACCACUUUCGGCGUCUUAGCGGGAAUAUCGUCGAUGAGACAGAAGUCUACGUCUGAUAGGGUUCUUGGGGUGUAUCACUCCAUGAUUUUCAUUUUCAUGGCGCGAUUGGCUUCGUUUUCUCGUCUGUGCCGCGAGGAACAAAUGCCUUUCUGCAAGUCGACGUACUAUGCUUCAGCAUCGUCAUCGACUUCAGCUCCCUGGCAGCUCGCCAUUCCAUUCGCCGUGGCAUUACUUCUCCCGGGAGUGGUCCGAUCGUUUUAUGUCGGAUCAAAAUCGUAUGAAGGGUCAGCCACGCUUUGGAUCGGCGUUGCUUUCCGGGUCGGCCUAUUCAUUUCUGCGGCCUUCUGGGCUCUGGAUACGGCGGAUAAUGGUGAAUGGUUCUCUUUCAGAAAGGAAGCAUUCAAAUCUGUGGAAGUCAUUCUAGCACAAUUGGUGCUUGCAAUUGCAUUUGCAGCGGGAACUACGACAUUUAUCUGGGCAAAGCCAUGUAUCAGUAUCAAUGUUACAUCCGGCGCCGACCAGGCAGGAAAUGUACAACAGCUACAACAACAACGAACGACCAUCACCAUCCUUGGCUUUGGCAAUGUCCACGGCACCCGCUUUUUCCUGCUGGUCGUCAACUUCGUCCUUUCCAUUACUCUAUUGAGUAAACCCAUGGGCCAAGGCGCAAUCGCCAUUGAAACGUUACAGAUACUUUCCCUCCUUGAAAUUCUUGACACGAAUGGUCUCACAACAACAAACUCCGCCAUCGGUCCUAUCGUGCUAGGACUGUUAGGCUCAUUCCAUUAUUUCAAAACAGGCCACCAAGCCACUCUAAACAGCAUCCAAUGGGAAAGCGCAUUCUUUGCCCUUUCAUCCAUCCAGUACCCAUGGUCCCCCCUCCUCGUGAUCAUGAAUACAUUCGGCGCGCAAAUUCUCGCCGCCAUCGCCGUACCAUUGACAGUACUAUGGAAACGCCCCGUUGAUACACACGGCCGUCUACCAAUGCAACUCUUCCAAGAAGAUGAUAACCCUUCAUCCUCAUCCUCAGACAACAAAGACUCCGGAACCACAAAAACCAACAGCCCCAUGCUCCAUCUCCUCUCAGAAGUUGUCCAGUCCGUCUCCACACAUAUCCUGUACUACGCUACCAUCAACCUAGCCACGACUCUCUGGGCGGGCCAUCUACGACGACAUUUGAUGUUGUAUCGUAUCUUUUGUCCACGGUUUAUGAUGGGUGCUGCUGUUCUUGUGGUGGUGGAUGUGUUUGUGAUACUUGUUGGGUUGGGAUUGGGUGUUAGAGUUAAUACGUUGAGUGUCACAGAGGUUUUUGGGUGGUAGUCCUAUCUUUCUUCCAGAGGUGUUUCGUUGGUGUAAUUUUGGGUUGUGGUGCAUUUAUUCAAUAGUAUGUCUAUAUAUUUGGUUCUCGGAGCCGCUUUUAGCUACCUACCCCUAGGAUUCGAUGGUUAUAACUUUCACUAUCACAAUGUACUCACACUACCUUAGGUAUUUAAUAAGAAAUCCCAUCUAUGGGUAGGUAGUCAGAAUUACUGUAUAGAGAUUACACCAGGAAAUUCUGACAGGAAAAAAGGAAGAAACUUUUAUUCUUGUC